GUGACACACAGUUGGAUGUGUGCGUGUGUGUGUGCGUGUGUCCCGCCGUAGAUAAGCCAGCCUCGAGAGAGGAAGGACUACUUCUGCAGUGGAUAAACUACACAAGAGGAAAACAUCAUUUUUUUACCCCCCUCCUCCUCUCUCUCUCUCUCAUUCAUCUGAAGAUUGGAGUAAAUUAAAAACUGUUGUCGAGCUAAACUCAAUUGAUAUAAAAACAUUCAAGUAAUUUAAAUGCCCGGUCACGUGUUUUCAUGGAGGAGUAACUAAUCUUGCCCAGGCCUAUCGACAGUGGACACAGGGCAGAGUGCACAUACAGCAUGAUGGCGUCCUUGCAAAGUUUAAAGGCGUUUUACAAUGAAACAAUGGCGUACGCAGAUCCUCGCUGUGAUGGCUACCCAUUGCUAGACUCGCCAGAUAAAAUGCUGGCUCUGAUAGGUCUCUACCUAUUUGUGGUGUGGCAGGGCCCUAAGUGGAUGGUACCCUACAAGCCCUGGGACCUGAAGAACACAAUCAUUGUAUACAACUUUGCCAUGGUCAUACUCUCCUCAGUCAUUUCCAUUGGGUCUAUCAUUGGAAUUGUGAAAGCAGGAGGCUAUUCAAUUUUCUGUGAUGGCAUGGACAAGUAUCAGUUCUCAGAAGACAGUGGAUUUGUAAGUAGCUGUUCAUCUAAUGUUCUAUGGGGGUCUAUUGAACAUUUUAAUGUUGCCGUGGGUUAUGUAAAUGUAGGCUGGUUAUUCUUUAUAUCAAAGCUUAUUGAAUUCUUAGACACAAUUUUCUUUGUUUUGCGCAAGAAAAAUAACCAGAUCACCUUUCUUCAUGUUUAUCACCACGCCACCAUGACAGUUUUUACAUGGCUGGGAGUAAAGUUCCUGCCUGGGGGAACCAAUAUUAUCUACCCACUAAUCAACAGUUUCAUCCACGCCGUCAUGUACACAUACUACGCCCUGGCUGCCUUUGGGCCAGAGAUGAGGAAGUAUCUCUGGUGGAAGAAGUAUCUGACCAAAAUGCAAAUUAGCCAGUUUGUGAUCUUCCUAUCGCAGGGUGUGCUGAAUGCCAUCUACGAGUGCCCCUUCUCCAAAGCCUUCGUCUAUGCAGUCUUCAUCUACACAUUCACCAUCCUGCUGCUUUUUAUAAACUUUUACGUCAGGGCUUACAUAAUGUCCCCCAAGCCUGUGUCAGCUGCUAAAAAUGGACACCAUGUCAAGAACGGAGAUGCCGUCAAAAACGGGAAAGCGGUCAAGAACGGGGAGACAGUCAAGAACGGAGAAUCAAAUCUGAAUGGAUCCGUCAAAAAAUUGAAUUAGUGGUAAAUUUUUUUUCCCUCAACUUAUUUAUUUAAUAAGUCAGAUUUGCACCAGUGAAUGGUUUACGUGACCUCCAAGGAUGCUUGAGUGUAUGAUAUUUUUUUUUCAUAAUGGCUCAGAGAUAGAUCCAAGUUAGUUGCGUGUUUAGGUGUAUCAUCAAGAACCUUUAUGCUGCUUCCAAUAUCUGUUGGUUCAAAUGCUUAAGUCAACUUCCUUUAGUUAACACAGAAGGACACGUAUGUGAAUAAAUUGUUUUUUUUUUUACUUAUGAGUUAAAAUACUUUCUAUGUAUAUUUUCUAUUCAUGCUAUAUAAUUUUUGGUGUAUGGGGUAUUUGUGGAAUAGGAUUUGUUUUUUUGAUCUUGUGGCUAAGUUCUGAAUUCAAAUAUGUAUAUAAUAAUUGUUGUAUUAUAGGUUUAUUCAGUAAAUCAGCUGGGGGGAAGGGGGGGGGUGCAUUGAGAGUCUAAACUAAGUCAUCUAUAUUUUUUUUUUAAUGAACAAAAUCUAGCCCCCACCAAAGCCGUAAAAUUUGUAGCAUCAAUGUCAGUGUGGUGGUCAAAUUUUUUUGUGGAUAUAAAAAAAAUUUUCAUCUAGAACUUGGUUUAAAUUUAAAAAAAUGGAUAUUGUUCCAGCUGCUCUGUUUUUACCUGGUUUAAACUGUAAGUCAGGAGGUAAUACUAAUAAUAAUGAUGGCUUAGAACAUAAUUGAUUGUGUCCAACCCCUGAAUUAAUGGGGGCAUACGACGAUGCCUUGGUGUGUUGUCUGAUGAAGUGCCAGACUAAAUCCUAGUGUCAAGACAAUGCCUUGAGUGUCUGGCAUUAGACAUGGCAUUUUGUGGCAAUCAAUGCCCUGAGUGUCUGGCAUUAGACAUGGCAUUUUGUGUCAAUCGAUGCCUUGUGUUUCAGUCAAUGCCUUGUGGGUUAGAUGAUGCUUUGUGUCCGUCAAUUCCCAUGUGUGUCAGUCAAUGCCUUGUGUGUCUGGCAUUAGACAUUGCAUUUUGUGGCAAUCGAUGCCUUGUGUGUCAGUCAAUGCCUUGUGUGUCCGUUAAUACCUUGAGUGUUACUGUUAGAUGAUGCGUAUUGUGUUAGAUGAUGCGUAAUGUGAUAGGUGAUGCGUAGUGUGUUAGAUGAUGCGUAAUGUGUUAAAUAAUGCGUAGUUUAAUCCACACCUGCCAUGAAUUGGGCUGAGGGUCAGCACAAUGAGCUAUCCAACAAACUGACAAUGCUAUUUUUUUAGGUUGUAUUAAUGGCUUUGUGCCUUGAUAUAAAACAUUCCGAAUUUUGUAUUGUAUCCCCAAAUUUAUAACUUGUUUUUUGUAUUGAUCAGUUUGUAUUUUAUAUUUAUUAUAAACACCAUGGACUAAAUCAGUUAUGUGACCUUGAACACAUUACAACUGUGCAUUUAUAGAGAUAAUCCUAUGACAUCCAAACAUCCCCCACCUCACCCCCACCCCCCUGUUGUAGAGGUGGGGGUGAGGUGGGGGAUGGACAUGUAAUUUCUUAAGCACUUUAUUUAAAAAAACCUCACA